UUCCCAUAUACUACUUACAAACCAAUAUAAAUUGCCUCGCACUCUCAGCAACAAGGAGCAUAGAGCUUUAAAGAGACUCUUUUAAAUUCACAGAGGGGAAUCUUAUCAAGAGCUUUGAAGAAAACAAAAAGAGGUUUAGAAAUGUUUAGGCCUUUCCUUCAGAAAAUACGCAAGGGGUUCUGUGUCUCACCUUCCAGAGGACAAGCUGUCAUUAAUGAUGUUGAGGUCGAUGAAGAAAUAAACGUAGCUACACCAAUGUCAGAUGAUGUUGGGGCAGGAUAUUUUACGGUGUUUGCAGUUCAAGGAAAGGAAACGCAGAGGUUUGUCAUUGAACUAGACAACUUAACAAACCCUGCAUUCCUGAGUCUACUGGAGCAGGCUGGGGAAGAAUAUGGAUUCCAACAAAAGGGGGUUCUUUGUCUCCCUUGUCGUCCGCAGGAACUGCAAAAGAUCCUACAAGACUGGGAAGCUGAGCAUGCUGAUACUGAAGCUGGUGCAGGCUGUUUUAUGCGUGAGGUGUUGAUGUGUUUCCUGAUUUUGAUGGAUUCUGUUUGCUUUGAGAAUCUGGUGCAGUGUUUAGAGCUUUCUGGUGCAGCGCCUGUCUCCAGCCGAAGAUCUGUCGAAGCUCGAUCCUGACUUCCAUAUGUAGGCGUGGUGAUAUUUGUAUUUUCAUGGUUUUUUAUAUAUAUGUUCUCAGGUAGUGGUGUGUGCUGUGUAGUUGUCUAUCUGGUGUGGUUGUUGUAUGGCGUUCUUUAUUAUAUCACUAUGUCACUGAGCCAUCAUGGCUUCAAGUGUACUAGUGCUUUCCGA